UGUCGAGGGAGGGGGUUUUGGUGGUUCGUAAGUCGUUACUUUUAGGCUUCAGCAGCAUAGGUUGUUCGCAGGAGGAGGAGUGUCUGUCGGUGUUUCUUUUUCUUUUUGUAUCUAUUUUCUUUUUCUUUUUCACACUCAAAAUGCAUCAAACAGAAACACAAAUGGGCAUAUUUAUGAUUAGGAACACGAAUUGUAAUGUUCUGAAGCCAUGCAUGUGCAUUUUAUUAAACCAUAAUGAUGGUAUUCACUUUUAUUUUUUGUUUUCAACAUCUUAAACGGUAUUUGUCAUCUUGUUAUGAUACUAUAUUCUUGUCUUCCUAGCCAGGACAACAGAAAGGAGCCAUUUUUAAAUGAGUGCGGAUUUGGAGAUACUCAUAUUCUUCUUCUUUAUCGCUUUUUGCGUGUUAUUUUAAUGAAUAAAUCAGAAAUUUUACGAGCUAGUCAAGUAUAAAAGCUGUUCUUGCUUGGCGUUCCACCUGCCCUGUUUUCACUCUCUUUCAUCGUGCCUGCCCAUUAUUUCCCUGAACUGCUUUAACUUCCUACAUUCCGGGGUAGCUAAAAGCAUACGGAAUAGGUUAGAACGAUUUUGCUUUCUGCAGCAUAAAUCCUGAAGAAUUUGAUUACUAAAUCGAUAAACAAACAUCUUGAAGGAAGGAUUGCUAGCCAUUCUGUUGCACGUAUAAUCAGCGAUGGACAAGCUGAACUCAAAACUGUACUUGGAAAACUGUUACAUCAUGAAGGAGAACGAAAGGCUGAGGAAGAAAGCAGAGCUGCUGAACAAAGAGAAUCAAGCACUGCUGAAUGAGCUGAAACGCAAGCUAGCUCAUGGGAACAAGAACCCAAGACCCAAUCAUUCCUCUGACUCCAUUCCUGAUCUUAAUCUCUGCUCCGGCUCCAGCUCCAGCGCGGGCGCUUCCAAGUCCAACAACAACUGAAGCAAAAUAUUGCCUGGGACAUCUUUGGGCCCGCCUAGCUAGGACUCCUCCCUCUUUUAGUAUUACUAGUACGUAUUUUUUGCAAAACCAUAGGAGUCAAAGUGGUAGUUACCUCGCUGCAGUAUCAAUUGUAGUCUUUGCAUAGGACAAUAUUUUGGUAGCUGUCCCUCCAUCCAUCCAUCCAUCCGGCAUCCAUCCAUCAGGAGCAACAGUUUCUAUAUAUGAAUACUAGUAUGGUGGUAGCGGUAUAUCCUUGCAGUAUCUUUUGUUGUAUCCUGUUUUUGUUCUUUGGGGCCUUAGAUGUAUCAUGCAAAACUCAACUGUGGCAGUUUUAACUUUAGCUAGGACUUCAACAAUAUAUGUGACAUGUCUUUUCCCUAGUGGUAUAUGUUUGUUGCUCAAUUGUCGGAAA